GAAUUACACCAAAGGAAAUGAAGAUACCGAAAGGAAUUACGCCAACGAAGAGAAUGUGAACACUGAAGGGAACGUGAACACCGAAAGAAGCGAAGACACAAAAGGAAGAAAAACACCGAAGAAAGCAAAGAAAUAA